AUGCGUCUAGAUCUAGAACAGGUUCCUCCCCACCUCCGACAAGAAUUCAAAAUCAUGCGCGAUCUGGACCAUAAAGUUCAGGAACUCUUAAACGAAACCCAGGUCAAGACUAACCUUCUCAUCCAGCAGUCCAAUCAACUGUCUCCCGAGGAACGCAGCCGACGGAUCCGGGAAAUUCAGGAGCUCUUCAUCAAGGGCCGAGAGAUCAGCAACGACAAGGUCUCGAGGGCAGAAAAUGUCUAUGAACUGGUUGAUAAGCAGAUACGCCGGCUGGAUGCGGACAUGUUUGAGUUCAAAAAGGCUCUGGCUGAAAAGGAAUUGAAGAAGCUUAAAAAGUCCCAAAAGAAAUCGGACACAACCGGCUCCAGCAAGUAA